GUUGCCGCAAUAUUACUUGACAUUGACAGUUCCGUAUUCCUUAAAAAAACAUGUAAACAACAUGCUGUUACGUUUAUUUACCGAAAAACUUACCUAAACCCAUAACAGCACUCCAGAGAAAGUUGUGAAGCCCUCAAUACCCGAAAUUCACCGCCAUGCAUUUAGUGAGGUUAUGUUAACGUAAACAUGAAAAUAUCCAGAAUGUCUUUCGACGUGCUAAAACUGCCGGCCCAAAAUAAGGCCCUGCACUGCUAUUUGCUGAUGAGCGUGUGGAUUUUGUUGCUGAUCGUGGGGGUUUACUAUAAAUUUCUUGAGCCUAGUCGAAGGCUCCCCGAACCUGCCUCUACGACAGAGUUGUUUCAAAGUUUGACGUUGGAUGUUAAAACUAAGAGGAUUUUUAAGAUAUGCAACUUUCCUGAUGAGAUGGGUGAAGGAGACGAAGGCAGUUUGCGUUCGAAUAAGUGGCUGCUGAAGGGGGUUAUGAUUUUAAUUAGGCAUGGCGAUAGGGGACCUCUACAGCAUGUUAAAAAAAUAUCGUCUAUUAAUUGUGGCACAGAAGAAUCGGACAUUCUUAAUUCUUACAAGACAUAUCUACACAAUUUAACAGUUUUUGGUAAAUUAUCAUGGGUUGGUCCUGGUCCUUUUCAUGGGUUUCCCAUCUUACCAGCCCAUACAAGACAUUGUAAUCUGGGUCAACUUACCAUGAAAGGUGUGAGUCAACUCCUGAAACUGGGGAGUCUGCUGAAAAGAAAUUAUAAGUACGUGUGGCCGAAAUUGGAAAAAUUAAAUGACACCGAAAUUUUGGUGUACAGUACGAGGUAUAGGAGAACUUUUCAGUCGGCCCUGGCGUUUUUGUACGGGUUUAUACCGAAAGAUUCCCUAUCGAAACUCGGCAUUUACGAAAGUCAGUCUAUGAGUUUUUGCUUUAAAGACUGCGGUUGUCCCGUCACCGACAAACUUGCCAAAUUCGUGAGGGACAGCAUAUCGUAUCAGCUAAAAGCGCAUCCGGCCGUGGCCCUGUUAACGCAACAAACGGGGAAAGCCCUGUUCAGCAGCGGCGCCGAACAGGGAAGUCUGGCGGGGGAUCCCCACGCGGUCAGAGACGCGCUUCUGACCUACGUGUGCCACGGCAGCGGUCUACCCUGUGAAAAUUCCAACAACUGUGUCAGGCGUCAAAAUGUGGCGGGUGUGUUCGCCUACACCGACUGGGUGAACCACCAGAAGUGGCGCAACACUUUCUGGAAGCGCAUGUGUCUGCUGAAGUCUUACGGUUUGAUGCGCCACUUGGUGCAGCAAAUGCUGCACGUAGUCUCGGAUAACGGGCCGUAUUUCACGCUCUACUCCGGGCAUGAUCAUACCGUGGAGCAAUUGACCACCGCGCUGGGUAUAAGCAAUGACCCACUGUUAUUAAGGUACGCGGCGAGAGUGGCAUUCGAGGUGUACCAGGACAACAGGGAGCCUAUGAGCGGAGCCAAGGCGAUUUAUUUUCGCGUGCUCGCCAACGGUAAAGACGUAACCCGCCAGGUGGCGUUCUGCAAAAACAUCGCCACCAUCGGUAAAGUGAACCUCUGCAAGAUCGAGGACAUCGUCAGAUUCCUGCACGACGAUUACUUUACCGGCGUCAAUGCUACCAACUACAAGGACGCUUGCGCCUACAAGUACGAUUAAUAAAUAGCCAAUUAUCAUCAAAUAAUCCUAUUUUAUUACAAACAAGUUGGCGAUACAAAAUUCUACACGGUGUUUAACGAAAACCACACCCUCUGUAGACUCCUCCCAAUUAUUAUUAUUAAGACUGUUUAAUUUUUAGCACGAGAGCAACGAUUUAUCUACAUCUGUUAAUUUUCUAACGCACGAUAUUUUAACUAUUUAAAUUCUGUGUAUUGAUGUUUAAAAUCUCAAACCAUAUCCA